ACUUGACACUGUUUACACAGUCUGGCUAAAUUUUGUGAAAUAAUUAAUUUUAAUGAAUAAUUACUUAUUAAAUUAAUUUUAACAAAAAUGUGUCAAACAUUCAAAGUUAUAAUAACACUGCUUUGUGUGGUUAUUAAUUAUGUGGUUUCCAGUGAAAAGAAAAUAGUAUGUUACUACGGGUCCUGGUCUUAUUACCGUCACGGUAAUGGGAAAUUCGAGAUAGAAAACAUAAAUCCACAUUUGUGCACUCAUUUGAUCUACACUUUUGUUGGGCUCAAUCAGGAUGGUUCGAUAGCUAUACUGGACCCGUAUUUGGACCUCAGCGAUAAUUGGGGAAGAGGAAAUAUACCUAAAUUCGCAGAGUUAAAAUCACAAAAUCCAAACCUAAAAACUAUGAUAGCAGUGGGGGGUUGGAAUGAAGGAUCGGGAAAGUAUUCAACGAUGGCAAACGAUCCACAACUUCGGCAGAAUUUCGUCAACAGCGUUGUGGAAAAUCUACAAAAGUUCAACUUAGAUGGGUUCGACGUUGACUGGGAAUACCCUAACCAGAGAGACUCGACUCACGGGGCCGUUGAUAUCGAUAAUUUCACAACACUGCUGAAAGAACUUAAAGAACAGUUUGUAAAGUAUGGAUACUUGUUGUCAGUGGCGGCAGCAGCCCUCAAACAUUCGGCUAGUUUGUCAUACAAUAUAGCAGCAAUGUCCCAACAUGUGGAUUUCGUAAAUGUUAUGGCAUACGACUUUGCUGGUAGUUGGGACUCAGUGAUAGGAUACAACGCACCAUUGUAUGCAGGAGCUGACCAGGAGUCCAAGCCUGCUGAAGACUUGUGGACUGUUGAAACUGCUAUUGAAUACUGGUUAAGUGAAGGGUGUCCACCAGAAAAGAUAGUUCUUGGUUUGGCUCUAUACGGUAGAACUUUCAGCCUUUCAAAUCCUGAAGCGACGACCGCUGGAUCAUCUGCUUCGGGACCUGGACUCGCGGGUCUUUACACUGGCACUAGUGGGUUGAUUGGAUAUAAUGAGUUUUGUGAAAUUCAACUAACACAACCAUACACAGUUAAGUUUGACAGUCAAGCCAGAGUUCCAUACGCUUACAACGGUCGAAACUGGAUCACCUAUGAUGAUCCCAACUCUCUGACUGAAAAAGUAGAGUACGCUUUAGCUAAAGAUAUAGGAGGAGUAAUGAUAUGGAGUAUAGAGACUGACGAUUUCCGAGGAAUAUGUGGUAAUGCCUAUCCAUUACUAAGAGCUAUAAACGAGGCAUUAGGGAAACAUGACACUGUCACCACCACUACAACAACAACAACAACUUCUACUGAAGCUCCUACUACCGGACUAUCGUCAACGUCAACAGAUGCACCCACUACAACGACUUCUCAAGUGCCUUCGACUUCUACUACUACUAAAUCUCCUGAAUCAAGUUCCUCUGAACUUCCAUCUACUACAGACACUUCAAGCUCAACCACUACUGAAACCAGUUCCGUUUCCUCAUCAACUGAUUCCCCAACUACUUCUACACCAGAGACUACAGCAACUUUGACUUCAACUUCGACACCGGUGACAACAAUACCGACUUCUGCACCAGUGACUACAACUACUGUAACUUCACCUGCUUUAUGUCAAGAAGCAGGAAUCAUUUCACAUCCAGACGAUUGUUCAAAGUUCAUUUAUUGUAUUGACUACCCUGAAGGACUCAUUCAGCCGGUAGUAUUUCAAUGUCCUAAGAAUCUUCUUUGGGAUCAAAGGAUUUUAACAUGUAAUUAUGUAUCUUAUGUUACCUGCUUAUAAAAUAUAGACAUCAAAAUGCUGAACUAAUCGGUAUAAUAUUGGUGAAUCAAUUCGCAAUAUUAAAAUACAUUAAACAUU